AUGUCGCUCCGUCACCUAAGUCGGUGCAGCAGGGCCAUGGCCAUGUCGCCUCGUUCGCUGCAUAUCGGCUCUCUGCAGCAUGCUGCACCUAGGAGUAUCACCACCUCGUCAGCCCCGCCGAGUACCGAGCCAAAGCCCAAGACCAUCGAGACUGGUACCUCAGGGAAGAGGAAGCGUCCCCUGACCAAGGAACAAGAACGCUUCCUGGAUGCUGCUGUACGCUAUGCCCAUGCUCCGACAAUCUGUAUACCCAAUCUCACAGUUGUAGNNCUCCGUGUAAACCAGACUGGCGAACUUGCUGCUGUUCUCAUAUACCAAGCCCAGACACCACCGACUGUCAGAGCUCAUCCCCAUCUCCGUCCCUUGAUGAAACACAUGUACGACCAAGAGGCUGGUCACUUCAAGUACUUCAACAAGAUCAUAGCCAAGCAUCGUAUCCGACCGACAGCCAUGACCCCAGUAUGGGGUGUUGCCGCCACUGCAUUGGGUUGGUCAACCGCCAUACUAGGUCAGGAGGCUGCAAUGGCCUGUACAGAGGCUGUCGAGACCGAGAUUGGCGAACACUACAAUGCACAAGUACGAGAGCUUCUGGCAUGGAUGAAGGACAUGGAAGAACGGGGAGAGGAGCCUGGCGAAGAGAUGACAGACCUGCUCAGUAACCUCCGAAGAAUCAGAGACGAGGAGCUCGAGCAUCUCGACCACGCUGUUGAGCACGAUGCAAAGCAGGCUCGUCCAUACGAGCUCUUGACAAAUGUCAUUCGAGGUGGUUGCCGUGCAGCAAUCUGGGUCAGCGAGAAGGUCUGA